GAAAUGCCUGCCUUUGAAAAUGUAUGAUUUGUCCAUGUACGGAGAAAUAAAUAAGGAUUGGACUCAUUACAUGUCAAUCUUCAAAAAGCCGGUAUUUGCGUUGGAUCUAGAUUCGGAAGCACUCUGCAGCUGUCUGCAAGAUGGCGGAACGGGGAAGGGUUCUGUCUGGCCUCGUCAAAAGAAGAACAUAAUUUAGAUUAGUUAGCGAAGGGAAGUAUAUUGUGUAAGUUAAAUAUAGCUCUGACAGAGGACACGCCAGUGGAGGAUGAGCAGUGACUAGACGAGCAAUAUAAGCUGAAUGCAUUGUGAUUUCCAGUAAUUGAGACAGUGAUUCUAAAAAGCUGUCUACAUUAAUGAAAAGAACAAUGUAGUCAGCUUAGCAUAUUCAACACUGGUACAUGGUCAAUACAGGAAAGUUUUGUUUGGAAUCUUGUGUGCAAUGUGCUUCUGCAUGCGUUAUAGCUGACAGCUUUUGAGAAAUAAUUGCUAAAACAGAGCCAGGGUGACCUAUAGAUCAUUUGUGUUUAGUGACUCUUAAGACAGUCAACAUGGAGAUAGAUGACAUUUCACCUCCCUUGCCGUUGGAGCCACCUGAUGGUUUAAAUUCGGAGGGCCUUAAUGGUAAAGCGCAGCCUCCACCACCUCCCCUGCAAACGUCCAGUGACGCAGAGGAAAUGGACGUUAGCUCUGGUGGUGAUGGACACAAACACACCCCAGCAGGGGGCCUGGGGCUUCUCACCAAGGAUUCCAUAACCUUCUGUAGUAACCUGUCCGAUGAGGCUGAACCCAGCGCUCCGUGCCCUAGGACAGCCCGCCAUGCACCCACAGUCACCAAGUUCCUGCCAGACCUCAAGUUACUCAGAGACAUUAAGGUCAGCGUGAGUGUCGUAGAUAGUAGCAGGCGUAAAAAUCGCAAGGUGCUGUACACGGGGAUAGGUCAGGAGGGCAGUGGAGGGGAGGACAGCUCAGAGGGCCUUAAUGGAGAGUUGCAUGAUGAUGAUGCAGAGCUAGGGCCUGUCGAGGGUAGCUCUGGGCUGAGGAAUGGAGAAGUCUGUGGCAGUCAAGUGAGGAUCGGGGAGGAUGGGGAGGCAGACCUUGAGAAUAAGGUGGAGUUUGCGGUCCUGGAUGAGCUGGAAGACUUCAGUCAGGACUUCCUGGACACGGAGGACGUCGAGUUGGGGGGGUUCAGGUCUGAGGUCAUAGUUCAACAGGAGCCCACCGAUGAGGAGAACCUGAAUUACUCUUAUGAGGAGGACUUUGACAAUGAUGUAGACGCGCUGCUGGAAGAGGGCAUGCCUGUGCCCAAAAAGAUGCGUCUGGCUGAUGGGGCGACUGAGUAUGCAGGGGACAGUGACCACGUCUCUGACGGUGAUGGGGAGGGAGGUGUUCAGCCCAUGAUGACCAAAAUUAAAACAAUCCUGAAGAGUCGUGGGCGACCACCCACGGAGCCCCUACCUGACGGGUGGAUCAUGACAUUCCAUAACUCUGGCAUUCCAGUCUACCUGCACAGAGAGACCAGAGUGGUGACCUGGUCCAGACCAUACUUCCUGGGGACAGGGAGCAUCAGGAAACACGACCCUCCAACCAGUGGCAUCCCCUGCCUGCACUAUAGGAAGAUGAAGGAUCACGAAGAAAGGGAACAGAACGGAGAGGUGACGCCCAACACGGAGGUGUCUCCGGUGAAGCCUGGGGACGAGGCAGACCAUGUGGAGAGACCAGAUGAGCCUGACUCCACCGCCCAGGAGGAGGCCACCACUGUGGCUCCGGCCCUGCUGGAGGUGGGGACAGGCUUGGUAGCACAGGGGACCAUAGAGGGGUGCCCUGUCCCACACAGCAAGGUUCCCCACUCCUGUGAGAUGGCCCAGGGGGCUCUGGGUCAGGUCAGGGCCAAGGUGGAGGUGUGCAAGGAUGAGUCGAUAGACAUCAAGGAGUUUCGCAGCUACCUGGAGAAGUGCUUUGACUUUGAGCAAGUGACCGUGAAGAAGUUCCGUACCUGGGCGGAGCGCAGGCAGUUCAACAGGGACAUGAAGAGGAAGCAGGCUGAGUCCGAGAGACCCAUUCUGCCUGCCAACCAGAAACUCAUCACCCUGUCUGUAUCGGAUACCCCCACUAAAAAAGAGUUUGUCAUAAACCCAAAUGGGAAAUCUGAAGUUUGCAUCCUUCAUGAAUAUAUGCAACGUGUCCUAAAGGUCCGACCUGUUUACAACUUUUUUGAAUGUGAGAACCCAAGUGAACCCUUUGGAGCCUCAGUCAUUAUAGAUGGAGUAACAUACGGCACCGGAACUGCAAGCAGUAAAAAACUUGCCAAGAAUAAAGCUGCUCGAGCCACACUGGAGAUCCUUAUCCCUGACUUUGUGAAGCAGACGUCUGAGGAGAAGCCUGUAGAGGGGGAUGAACUGGAGGUAUCCGCCUGCCAAUCAUUGUAUUUUAAUCAUAUCAGUAUUGAAGAUUCAAGAGUGUACGAACUGACCAAUAAAGCAGGCUUGCUCUCGCCAUAUCAGAUUCUACAUGAGUGCCUUAAGAGAAACCAUGGAAUGGGUGACACCAGCAUCAAGUUUGAGGUGAUCCCAGGGAAGAACCAGAAAAGUGAAUAUGUGAUGACGUGUGGCAAGCACACCGUGCGUGGAUGGUGCAAGAAUAAGCGUGUAGGGAAGCAGCUGGCUUCUCAGAAGAUCCUCCAGAUGCUGCACCCCCAUGUGAAGAACUGGGGGUCACUGCUCCGCAUGUAUGGCAGAGAGAGUAAUAAGAUGGUGAAGAAGGAAAAUUCAGACAAGAGUGUAAUUGAACUUCAGCAGUAUGCCAAAAAGAACAGGCCAAAUCUUCACAUCUUGAACAAACUACAAGAGGAAAUGAAGAAACUGGCUAAGGAGAGGGAAGAAACCAGGAAUAAGCCCAAGAUGACCAUAAUGGAGUCGGCCCAGCCUGGCAGUGAGCCCCUCUGCACUGUCGACGUCUAGGAAUAUCACUACAACAAACCUAACAUGGCACUGACUGAUGGUACUCCUAGUCGCAGCGGCACUGACCGAUGGUAGCCAUGGUCUGUCAGAUUAAAAGGCCACACCACCAAUCUAUCAUCCAAUUAUGCAUCAUUGUGAAAUGGCAAUACAGCAACCACAUUCGUACCGUAGAGGGUGUCAUCUUAGCAUUGUUUCUCUAAGCUGUUUUAUUUGACUGCCAAUGUGUUUUGGAUUCAAAGAUAGUGGGUAGGGUAAAAAUAGGACAAAUGCACUAACAACAGUAGAGUGAACAUCAUCUACCUCUAGAUGUGAUCUCUACACUGCAGCACUUCUAAAAGUUGAACCACAGGGGUUACAGACUGACAGGUUGAGACAAGUUAACUGCUCUAUGAACCACAGCAAUUUCUGUCAGCCUGUUCACUGUGUAGUAAUAAUUCCUUAAAACCACUACCCAACCCCCUUUUAUAAUGCAACUGACUACAUUUAUAAUACACUCCACCUAUUACCUGAAGUACCUGACUUCUUGGACACUGAAAACUUUCUAACAGGUUUCCUUAUGCUUAACAACAGUGUAUUCAAAGGGACUAUUUGCUCUCUCUGCUUUUGCUAUUCAGGUACAUUGUGGAAAGUGAAUUGAGAUGCUGUUGUACUGUAGUUGGAUAUUUGGAUGAUGAUUAGGGUUUCUGAUGAGUAUGCUUUGGCUGAAGAAUUAAAAGCUUAUAUUUUCAUUUGCACAGGCAAUGUUUACCUGUUAGGAAAAGCUAUAUAUUCCAAAUGCAUAGGUAUCUUUGAGUCCAGUUCCUUACUUGUUACAUGCUCCUGUUCUUAGUACAAUGAAAUGCAUUUUGAAUUGGGAUGCCUUUUUGUUCUGGAAAUACAGGAUAACACAUAUCAAUGAACAGCUGAGAAGGCUGGUCUGUCUUGCUAAGAUCCUGUUUCCACGUUAGCACUGCAGACACCACAAGCACAAGGGCUUGGAGUACUAUAGUCCUGGAGAAGGGAUUGUGAGACAAAGUGAAGAUGUUACAUAUUUAAGAAAACUUCUACUUUUUGAUAUUUGCUUCUGGAUUUGUGUGCUGUUUCAUUACUUUUAAAAAAUUUAAUUAAAGCAAAAUAAUACUAAAUGCAGACCAUUUGACUAUUUAGCCAUUAAUUUAAGGACCCAUACAAAGAGUAAAACAAUUGGCUAGAUGUUGCCUUAGAUCAACCAAUUCAUGAAGGGGGCUCCAGAGAAAAUACAGGGCCCAAGGUCCCCUUCAAGUGAAAUGGAUUGACCAAGCCACUUUUACUUGAUACAGCGGUUGUUUGGCCAGUUAAGAUUUCUCAUAGUGUAAUUAGACAUUAAUUGGUGUUCUGUAAGAACUGCCUUUAGCAUGUACAGAUUAUAGUUAAGAAUUGUCUUAAUGGUUUGUCUGUUUAGUGUUUGCCAUCAAUGUGGUAACUGAUUGUGUUAUGAUCAAACGUUUUUAAGCAUUAAUGUUUAGAAUUGUGGAAGUGCUGUGUUCUCCACAAAAGGCAAUCCACAUAAAUGAAGUUGGUACAGUUUUUACCUCGAACAAAAUCAGAUCAUGUCAUUAUUAAAUCCCAUCGCUAAAACAGUGUGAACCAAAGCUUAAAUACAGUCUUAUGCAUUUUUAUAGAAUACUGUAAGUUGCUCCAUACAAUACAUAACUAUAUAUAGGAAAGGAUAUAAAGAUGCAAUACCUGCUGGAACAAAACGUAAACUGCUGAGCAUUCUUUGUGUGAAGUAUUUAGUUUGUGUGCUUUUCCUGAAUGUUUACAUCUGUUGAGACUUCACCGUUUUACAUGGGCACAAGGCUGCUGUAUUACAGAAUAGAUUGCUUUAAGAAUGUGCUUCCCCCUCCUGUUGUGUUCUGUCUUGCCAAGUGUGUUAGUGUGUGAAGAAAAUGUACUUACAGUUGAGGUUGUAACAAUGAGUUGUUUGCUAGAAAUAUUGCUGCCUAGAAAAUGAAGUAACUGCAACUUGGUAUCGCUGACUUUCAGUGACAUUCAUUUAUGCAAAUAAAAAUUGUGAUGACA